UAGGAUCACGGAGGGGGUGGGGAUCAAGCAGUGGGACGGAAAUCUGGCCAGAAGUUGGUGAGAAGGCUCCCUCCUCCCUUGAUCCCACCAUCCUGGUCCUGCUGCCUCUGCCUCCCAGGAGAUAGCCAGCCGCAGCCCAGCCCCUGCCCGGGAGGAAGUUCUGCCGGGUGCUCUCCGCUGGUGCCUCCCUCGCUAUAUUGUUGAACAGGAAACCCGGCAGCUCCGGAGCUGGGCGGUGGAGGAGGGAGAGCCGGACGCCGAAUCUACGCGCGUCUGCCGGGACAAGUGGAGGCAAGGCUAGCGAGUGGACACCCCGAGCUCCUGCUCCCGGAGGUCUCUUCAGCAUAACUCUUGGAAACCUCGCCCAACGGGAUGGCAGGGGCCUAACCUGCCUCUAUCCACCGGCUCCGCCCAUCCAGCCCAUGGGCUCCCUGAGGCCCGCCCAGCCAACGGAGAGGCCAUGGCCGCGAUGGCGGCGGACGUCGAGGGGGACGUGUACGUACUGGUGGAGCACCCCUUCGAGUACACCAGCAAGGAUGGGCGCCGAGUCGCCAUCCAGCCCAAUGAGCGCUACAGGUUGCUGAGCCGAAGCACCGAGCACUGGUGGCAUGUGCGGCGCGAGCCCGGGGGACGCCCCUUCUACCUGCCUGCGCAGUACGUGCGCGAACUGCCUGCGAUCGGCGACCCUGCCACCGCCCCAUCGCCGCCUGAACCCCUCCCGCGCCCCGCAGCCCCGGAACCGCUUGCCUAUGACUACCGCUUCGUGAGCGCCCCGGUGCCCAAGGGCCCCGACGGCGCGCCUGCGGAGCCCCGGGGCCGUGCGAGCUCCCUGUGCAGCCCUGCGCGGCGCGGCACCGCGACCCAGCGCAGCAGCCUGACGCCGGGCCAGCCCUCCUGCCUGUACACGCGGCCAGCGCCGAAGGUGAGGCCCGCGCAGUCCCUGGACGACCUGGCGCGCGCUGCGGCCGCACCCCCUGCCGGCCUCCUGGGGAGCGCCGGCCCCUUCAAGGCCUGUAGCGUGGCGGGCUCCUGGGUAUGCCCGCGGCCCCUGACACGCAGCGACUCUGAGAACGUGUACGAGGCCAUCGAGGACUUGCGCGGCCCGCCGCCGGAGGAGCUCCCGGAGCAGGUGGACGACACCCCGGAGCCCGUGUACGCGAACAUAGAGAGACAGCCUCCGGGUACUUUACCUGGCGCCACCGCGGCCCCCCGCCCCAGCCAGGUGUGGGAGACGCACACGGACGCGGGCACCGGGAGGCUCUACUACUACAACCCAGACACGGGCGUGACGACCUGGGAGUCACCCUUCGAGGCUGCCGAGGGCACUGCCAGCCCGACCACCUCCCGGGCCUCGGUGGGCAGCCGCGAGAGCCUCGAGACCGACUGGGGCCAGUACUGGGAUGAGGAGAGCCGCAGGGUGUUCUUCUACAACCCACUGACGGGCGACACGGUCUGGGAGGACGAGCCCGAGGACCAGCCGGAGGACGAGGACGAGAUGGAGAUGCAGCCGGGCCUGAGCCCGGGCAGCCCCAGGGACCAGAGGCCCCCCACCCCCGAAACGGACUACCCGGAGUCGCUGACCAGUUACCCGGAGGAGGACUAUUCCCCUGCGGGCUCGUUCAGUGAGCCGGGGCCCGCCUCUCCCUUGGCCACGCCCCCCGGCUGGUCCUGCCACGUGGACCCAGACGGGCAGACGCUCUACACCAACAACUUCACUCUAGAGCAGUGGGUGAAGCUGGAAGACGAGCAUGGGAAGCCCUACUUCUACAACCCAAAUGAUACCUCAGUUCGGUGGGAGCUGCCCCAGGUCCCAGUUCCUGCCCCUCGAACCAUCCGCAAAUCCAGCCAGGACAGUGAGACCCCAGCCCAGGCCAGCCCUCCUGAGGAGAAAAUCAAGACCCUGGACAAGGCAGGCGUGCUCCAUCGCACCAAGACAGUGGACAAGGGAAAGCGGCUCCGGAAGAAGCACUGGAGUGCCUCCUGGACAGUGCUGGAGGGCGGCGUCCUGACCUUCUUUAAGGACUCGAAGACCUCAGCUGCAGGCGGUCUGAGGCAGCCCUCUAAACUCUCUACCCCCGAGUACACGGUGGAGCUGAAGGGGGCCUCUCUUACCUGGGCCCCCAAAGACAAAUCCAGCAAAAAGAAUGUGCUAGAGCUCCGGAGCCGAGAUGGCUCAGAGUACCUGAUCCAGCACGACUCAGAGGCCAUCAUCAGCACCUGGCACAAGGCUAUUGCCCAGGGCAUCCAGGAGCUGUCCGCAGACCUGCCCCCGGAGGAGGAAAGCGAGAGCAGCAGCGUGGACUUUGGGUCCAGUGAGCGCCUGGGAAGCUGGCGGGAGGAUGAGGCGCGGUCCGGAGCAGCCGCGCACGCCCCGAGCCCCGGGGGCCAGGAGAGCGACUUGAGCAAGGUCAGGCAAAAGCUCCGCAAGUUCCUGCUGAGGCGGCCCACGCUGCAGUCACUGCGGGAGAAGGGCUACAUCAAAGACCAGGUGUUCGGAUGCGCGCUGGCCGCGCUGUGUGAACGCGAGAAGAGCCCGGUGCCGCGCUUUGUGCAGCAGUGCAUCCGCGCGGUCGAAGCCCGCGGGCUGGACAUCGACGGGCUGUACCGCAUCAGUGGAAACCUAGCCACCAUCCAGAAAUUACGCUAUAAGGUGGACCACGAUGAGCGCCUCGACCUGGACGACGGGCGCUGGGAGGACGUCCACGUUAUUACCGGUGCCCUGAAGCUCUUCUUUCGGGAGCUGCCUGAGCCCCUCUUCCCUUUCUCGCACUUCCGCCAGUUCAUCGCAGCCAUCAAGCUGCAGGACCAGGCCCAGCGCAGCCGCUGUGUGCGGGACCUGGUGCAAUCGCUGCCCUCCCCCAACCACGACACCCUGCGGUUGCUCUUCCAGCACCUGUGCCGGGUGAUCGAGCACGGCGAACAGAACCGCAUGUCCGUGCAGAGCGUGGCCAUAGUGUUCGGGCCCACGCUGCUGCGGCCUGAGACGGAGGAAACCAGCAUGCCCAUGACCAUGGUGUUCCAGAACCAGGUGGUGGAGCUCAUCCUGCAGCAGUGCUUAGACAUCUUCCCUCCACACUGACCCUCGCUGCUGGCGCUGCGGACCUGAGACUUGGGGCGGCGACUGUGGUGCUGCCACAGAAGCUGGAGGCCACGUUGCUGGACUCUGAGACCCUUUACUUCCCACAUGUCCACAGGCCGCUGCGAAUUCUGCACCCCUCGCUUCUGAGGGUAUGGUGACUCCUAGUGGGCAGUUCACAAAAUGUGAUUUCCCCCUCCCCCCUUGCCUGUCUUGUUCUGGGGUAAUUGGGUUCUGUUCUUUAUUACAGCGCCACCUACUGUGCGUGUGCGAGAAUGUGGGGUGGGGGUUGACGGUUUUCUGGGAUGGCCCACGCCCCGUACUGGGAAGAGGAAUUUGGGUGAACGGCUUGCUGGCUUCUUCAGGCCUGCACCUGGUUGAGGUCUUCCAGGAAACCCCGUGGGGCCCCUGGCACUGCAUCUGUCAUGAAGUAGCAACUGACAACUUCUCUGCUGCUGAAAUAGGACUGACCUGGGCCUCCAGCAUGGGCCUCCAGCUGACCCUGCCUUCCCUCAGGCCUCAGGGAUGAAACUCCUGCCCAGCGCUGUCACUAGCUGGUUGUAGACCAUUUCAUCUGCUUUUCUGUUUAGGGUUCUGGGCCUCUGCCCUCCCUGACCCACGUGUGUGCUGUGCAAUGGUUCUUCCCAUACCUACCUUCUGACAUGCACCAUUUCCACACACAAUCCUAUUUUACAGAUGAGAAAACGGGCUUGCAGAGGCAAAGUGACUUGUUCAGGGUCCAGGGGAUCUUCUGACUCCCCAGCUCAGGCUCCUUUUACACCAGGGCGCAGCCUACUGGGAGGUGAAAUGGAGUAUUUCAGCUACCCCCAAACUACAGAAUGGGCUUAUGGGUAAAGCAAAAGAAACUAAGCUGGGUGGGUUCUCUCUGGACUUGGGGGGAGGAGAAAUAGCACUAGCAGGAGCCCCCAGCCCCUCUCAGCAUUCUGGCUGUCAAGUGUGCCUACCUAGUGCCCACCUUGCCAUGUAGAGCUAGGAAGGCAUGCAGGGUGAAGGGGGAAGGAGAACAUAACCUCAGUAAAGGAAGUGUGGGCCCUGGGGUCAGCAGGCCCCCUUCCCUCAUACACAAACCACCUCAGUUAAUGGGUCUCAACCCCCCUGCCCCACCUACCCAUUCAUUUAUUAAACAAGCAAUAAUUGCUAAUAUUUAUUGACAUUUGUACCAUUCCAAGCAUUUUACUUGGAUUAUCUUGUUGGUUUCUCACAGCCAAUAUUUAUUACCUGCUCUUCUGUGCCAGGCACUGUGCUCUGGGGCAGGGGUAUUGCACAUGCCUCCCUGGUGGAGCUUAUGGUCUGGUGGGUCAGGCUGACACAAGUCCCCCCCUAAUGCCAGCAGGGCUGGGGCAAGACAAAUGGAGGACUCACACAUCGAAAUACUGUAAAGUUAUACAUCAAGCUAACAACUGUUCAAUAAAAUAUGUUCUAGUCUCCUACUCUGA